AUAAGCCCCCGGGGGCUUAUUCGAGGAUUUACGGUAAGUCUUCUGGCGCUUCACCUCGUUCUUGCACAGCGAAUGGUCAUGUGAUCAAUCACGAAUUUGAAAUUGCUGAUUCAACAAAUUCCGUCCAUCAAAAUGGCUGCAGACAACAAGGGUAGUUUGGACGUCCUCGUCAAUGAACUGGGAUUUUCGCGUGUCGAGGCUUCUAUGGCUCUAUCGGAAUGCAAUGGAAAUAUGGAGCAGGCUAUAGAGAAGCUGAUAGCGGGUGCUUAUGCGCCACCACCUUAUUCAGAAAUCAAUCAAACCGCUUCAGCGUCAUCAGAAAAGCAGUCUUCUUCUCCGACAUUCGUAUCUCCAGACUUCAUCAAUGUGGACAUCGAACCAAUGAAGCAAGAUCUUGCAAAUAAGGGCAUUGUAUUCGAUACAAACCCACCUCCAUAUUCUCAAGUAUCUUUACAAGCUGAACUAAAUGCAUGGGAAGACAAAAGUUCUGCAGACUUUUUUGAACUUGGGGGUAUGUACAACAGAAGUGGUGGUGUUUCAGUUGGGCGUUGUUCUUCGUGCUUUGACGAAAUUUUCGAAAACGAGAAGGCUGGGCUUACAAAUAAGGCUGUCAAAGAUGGAAUUCGAAACUAUCACUAUGAUUGUUAUAUGAAGACAAGAGGUCCAAAAUGCACACAUUGCUGCUUUCCAUUAUCAAAGCCUGACCUUGACAAGAACAUAUCUGGCAAAUUUCUAAUAUAUAAAGGUGAGAAGUAUCAUGUUGAAUGCUAUGAGAAAUAUGCGGGUCCAAGAUGCAGCUACUGCUUCAAUGUUAUUAUAGAAACGCCCAAUAAAGAAUUCACUGGAAAGUGGAUAAGUGAGGGUCAUAAGAUGUUUCAUGAGGAAUGUUUUUAUAAAAAGAUGUAUGCAGAUGAAAGAGCAAAGCAUUCAUGAGUAAAAUAUUGUACAAAUUAUAUGUAUAUUUGAAUAUUUUUAUUACUUAUAUAUGUAAAAAAUACUGUAUAAAAAGCAGAAAUACAAUGCAGAAAUACGAUGCACUGAAACAUGUAUUUUAAUUUUAUUUAGCUAAGAUAUUUUUAGACGAAAUAAAGAAAAUAAUGUGCAAAAUUAAAGAUAUCAUGGCAGUGAAACUUGUUUCCAAGCCUGAAUUUUGAUUCAUAGUGAUGCCUGAAAGCUUAUCUGAUUUUGCAGGCUAACUGUUUUUUAGGAAUUAGUGAUUCCGACAAAUUUGUUACAUUCAUGAUUUGUAUAUAUGAUUUUUCUGUUUUCUUUUGCACUAAUCGUGAGUAUCCAAUUAUAGCUUAUAUUUUGAAGCUUGUAAACAGUAGCAUAGCCAGAAUGGUAAGAUUGAGGGGGGGGCAAAGGUGAGUUAAGCAAGAGAAAAUUGGGGUCUACACCCUUUGCCAUUUAGGGCUUCUACACUCUACCCCUUCUUGCCUCGAGUUAGGAUACCCCUUUUCUUUCCAUUCAUACACUUCUGCUACUUGUUGGAUUCUUAAAAAGCCCAUCAACAUGAUGCCAUGAAUGCUUCGAUUUAGAACACCUGCUGCUAGAUUCUUUCUGCCCAACCAACAGUCCCUUUCCAAUGAAGAUGGUGGAAAAGUUUAUUGGCACUACUAUCUUGAAUAAAUAAAAGUAUUUAUACUGUUUAUGAUUGUAAUAUGUUUUUUUGGCAACUGUGUUUGUUUUAUAGCUAAAAUUACAUGUAUGACAUUUAAAUCAUCCUUGCUGAAAACUAAUAACUGUAAUUUGUUUCUGCAACAAAUAAAUCUGAUUUUAUCAAGCUUCAAAAGUUAUGAUUUUUUAGAAUCUCUAUAGCUUUAGAGGUAGCUAUAAAUGAAACCAGAGACACAGAAAAAGGUGUAGAAGUGUCAGGCUGUCAGACUGUCUACUUGAAAACAUUUUGCUCGCAAAAUGUGUUGCAUCUAAUGCACCUUUAAAUGAGAGCCAAGAAUAGCCUGACUCUUGAUAAAUAACUUUUCCUUUGCUAGGAUUUGUUGUAUGUUUGUAUUUUCUUUGACUGUGUUUGAAAUACUGAUAGAAAAUGUUUGUUCAAUAUGACACUCAAGAUCAUUCAAAGGGUUUUUCUAAAUUAACUUACUUUUAGCAAUUACCGGUAAUAUUGUUUUUGUGACAUUGAAUGACAGGGAGACGACAGUUCUUAUACUUGGUCUUGUGUGACUAGCCGUUCAUUUGUCAAGGAAUACGUAGGCAACGAUAUGAAGAAAAGAUAGGAAAAUCUAAUAGCUGCUUAAAAAAACCUCGAAAAGAUAAUUUAUUUUCUUGCCUUAUUUCCCAGUUUGAUUUUCCCAUUUCGAAUUCUACUUUACUGAUGCAAUGCCCGUUAUCGUGGAUUUACGAUUAAACCGAGUUAAAGACGUCUUCUUCUGAAUCUUUGAUAUAAGUAGGAUGGACAGGAGUAAUGUCUUAUGUCGAUUAAAGUUUCAGUUAUUCAAGAAAGCUUUAUUGUGUUUGCGACUUGAGAAAACAAAUGAUAAGAAGCCCAUUUGCAGAAGCACUGUUUAAUACCCUAAAAACAGGAUGACAGGAACAAAUCUCUGACCAGAAUUCAAUACCAAAAGAUUGCCUUUUACGUGAAUGAAGUUUUUACGGUUCCUUUAAGGCCUGGAAAGAGCGUUUUCCCUAGCUACAACCCCCCCCCCUCCCCGUGUCGAUCGAUCUAUGCAAAUUGUUAAAAAUGUAGGCCCUGCUCUCAUGUUCGAAACGAUAUCUCCCAUUUUGAAGAACUACAAAACAUUUUUGUAACAGUUGAGGACCAGUUGGUUUUAAUUGAUGAAGAUGAAUGUUGUAAGGAUCGAUCACAUUUUUCAAUGUUAGUCCAUAGAAAAUGGCACUUUUGUGUAUAAAGUUUAGAAUGUUACGACACAGUGUCUUCUUACGGACAUAUCCCGUGACAAUUGCAUCAUUGGGCUAUGAUUGCAGCAGCGUCUAUAAAUAUGUCCUUUUUGUAUUACGUUAUUAUUCUUCUAAGGUUCUGCUACGGAUAUAGAAUGGGUGGUUUCAUAAGUUAGGUUUAAUCUUGUCGAAAACUUUUGCUGUACUGUAAGAAAAUCUGUUGCUAGGCAAAUGGGACUUGGAAACCUCCCUUAAGCACAAUAGCUAGCGACGAGCCGGGCUCUACCCUUUGACUGUUGUGGCCCUCUGAGCUUAAACUUCAAAAUCUUCUGAUUCUGUAAUCCUUUGUUGCCUUUGUUGAGCUUGCCAGAGAUAAAUAUCUUCAAUUUAUGUACGUACCUUUUCAUUUUUUACAAACCUCAUAUCAUGAUGGAUUAUACCAAGAUAAAAUAAAGAACCAAAGCAUUGUGAUUUAAAAUUCUACUUUCACAGUUUAUCACAUUGUGUAGAUAAUUAAAUUUAAAAACAAAUCUAAUUUUUGUCUAAAUGUUGUUAAGAGUUAAUUGUAAAAUGCACCUCAUAAAACAGCUUUAUGGUAUUAAAAAUUAUGGUUAUUACACUAUCCAGCGUCCUAAAACCUUGUUUCGAAAGUCUAUUUUUCAAAAUUUUGGUUCUAUUACAGCGUAUAAAAGUAUUACAUGAAAUUGGCUUAAUAUCGGUCAUCGACGUUUGACUGCCUGUAUAGUAUAGUGAUGUAUCGAAUAGAAGGAGACUCAAAUGGCUAUAUCAAGAGUCAUAAUUCAAAGAAGGUCGUAGUGAUGUUUAUCUUCCAUUGUAAUAUCCCCAGUUUUUUCCGGAUUACUGUAUUCUCUUGGCAGUCUUCAACAUCGAUUACGUCUUUUGUGAUUCUAACAAUACUUUUGACGUCAUUGAAUUGCACUUUGUAUCGAAAUUAUGAAGCUAUUCGUUAACUUCUAAGUUAAAUAAAGAAAUUUUAAUUGGUUCCUUUUAAUCUUACGUAAGAUCUAGUUAAUAGGCUGAAUAGCAGCACCUCGAAAGAAUCAGGCAAUUUAUCUUUGCCAAAAUUGCAGAAAAACCUGUCAGAAAGAGAAUGCGACUUAAAAUCAGUUUAUUCGGAUUACCAAUGCGAUUGUCUUGCAAAUUUGGCGCGGCUCUAGAUGCUUGUGGUCCCAAAAUGGGCUGGGCGUUGUUGUUUCUAUCUUACUUGUUAUUAGGUUUGCAGAUAACAUAUGUUGAAAGUUGAGGCCAAUGCAAUUUACGCGGUUUCACCAAGCAGUUAGCGGUUUCGAUAGUGCAGCUACGACUUCGAAACGGGAAAGGAGCCUCUCACUUGGCUGAAACUCGCGAAGUUGCUGCAUAAAUUUUUGGCCUAGACACUGUUCACAACUGCAUACGUGGUGUUAUUUCUAUUUUGACCAGGGAUUGCGACUUUUGGUGCAAUUUACGCGUUUGCGGAAUUUGGUCUCCCUUUAAUAGGCCCUUUCUAAAUCAACACAUAGACACUAACAUUAAUAUUUGACAAGGAGUAAAUUUUUGUGAUAUGUUGCAAAUAUGCAAGACGAUUUUCUCGUGCACCUAAUCGUGAUAUCACUCUCUGUCACCUUCUUUUGCGUGCCGCCAUGAAAAUUAAAGAAAUUUGCGUGACCCGGAAGUAACAUUGUUACCAGAAAUAAAAGUUUUCUUUGCUUUCACAUUACGUUUAGUGAAUUUGUACUAGUAGUUAAAAAGCUAGAAAUGCCAUCAAUUCAUGUAGAUUGUCUUGUGAAUCAUGUCAGACUGAAGUCACUGAUUGGUUAAAACAAAGCCAAUCAAAAUCGAUUGGUUUAUUUAUUCGUCGUUGCUCACGUGGAAGCAGAAUGUUAAAAACAGUCAUCAUAGUCUGAAGGAAUAUUCUAUUGAAUAUACUAUCAUUAGUACUUUUACACUCUUUUCUGUAGCGGCCAAAGAUAGAACCUCUCAUGCAUUUAGUAAUUUUAAAUUUGAUUCAAUCAAUAAAGAGACCCUCGAUUUUUUGCUCUCUCUGAUUGCAUUCUCUGUAGUACAAAGAUUCAUUUUAAUUUCGUAGUACUGAUUUUACUGUAACUGUGAAAAAGCUAUCUUGUUUUGAAGAAUUCGAGCAAAUUCUUUGAUGUAGCAAUAGUUUAAGAUAUAUAAAGUUUUUUCGCCGUUAUCACAUGACGCUUUCGAUUUCCUGGUGUUUAUGUUCUCUUUGUUUAUCGUUUAUCAUUAGGGCACUUGAUAGUUACUGUUGCAAAGCCUCUGCGAAGGACAACAAAUGCGUGCGCAAAUUAAACUCCUCUUGAGCGGUGGAAAUCUCAUCAUGCUCUCAAUAUUAGAAAAAUCGAUAAACCAGUUAGGUGAGCUUAAAAUUCUUCUGUAUUCUUAAGGUAGACCCCCAUUGCGGAUCUUUUAAAGCGUGUAGAAUACAAGACGUCAACCCAGUAUUAAGAGAAUAAUGCCCUAGUAACACCCAUUCUCUUGAAAAUAAAGGGCCAGUCGAAGUGGAUGACUGAGCUGUAUAAUAUGAACCACAGAUUUGAAAGGGCAGAAUUCCGUAAUAAUUGAGAAGGAGUAUCGUCAUUAACCGUGUCUAAUUACGCCUAACAACGAAGAACUGUACAGCGCGCAUUGUUCAACCCUCUCAAAAAUAGUCACGCGUCAGGAAACUUCCCAGUAGUCAAUGUACGCAUCUACGUUUUGGUGUCAGCGAUCAGCAAGUGGAACCGAUC